GCACCCCACUGUUAGGAGUCAGAGAAACGACCAUACCGACAUUGGCCGUCACACCCGAAGGACUUGCGUACUUUCUUCCGAAUACAAAAUGAAGCAAUGGUUGUUGUGCGUGUUUGCGCUGACGGUGGUGGUGUCAUGCUCCUCACAGCAGCAGUACGUCAACCGGUACGACAACUUUAACGCGGACUCCAUUAUACAGAAUGAGAGGAUACUACUUGCAUACUACAAGUGCGUCAUGGAAAAAGGACCUUGCACUAAGGACGGCAAAAACUUUAAACGUGUGCUGCCAGAAACCAUCUCAACGGCUUGCGGUCGUUGCUCCCCGAAGCAAAAAGUUGUCGUACGCAAGCUACUGUUAGGAAUCAGGGCGAAGAGCGAGCCACGAUUUUUCGAGCUUCUUGACAAAUACGAUCCUAGUCAUAGAACUAAUCGAAGUUGCAAGAUGAAGUUGAUUGUAGUAGUUCUGUGUGUGGCGGCUUUGGCUUUCGCUGAAGAUAAAUAUGAAGAAAUAGAGGAUAAUUUCAACUUGCAAGAGUUGUUGGAAAACGAUCGUCUGUUGACUGGAUACAUUAAAUGUCUGUUGAACAAAGGUCCUUGUACUCCAGAGGUUAAGAAAAUUAAGGACAAACUUCCUGAGGCACUCGAGACAAACUGCGCCAAAUGUAGUGACAAGCAGAAACAGAUGGGCAAAGUACUCGUGAAACAGGUCAAGAAGGCGCAUCCCGAACUGUGGGAUGAAUUGAAGAAUCUCUACGACCCACAAGGCAAAUACCAAAAAGCAUUUCAACAGUUUCUCAGUGAUUAGAUCUUGUUAAACCGAUAAUUGGCAGCAAUGAAAAUUGAUGGAUUAUUGCAAUAAAAAAAGAGAUCUUUUUGUAUGUCUAUUUUAUUAUA